CUAUCUCCUUAGGCCCGCUACAUACUUCAGCCAGUAUUACUCGGAAAAGACUUACAGAAACAUGCUGCGUGUUUUGAUCUUUCUCUCUGUUGCGUAUGUUGCUAGAUGCAGCAUCUGUUGCGUGCCCCGCCAAUGGGAGGGUACGGAAGGAUCCACGAUCGGACUUGUGCGGGAGGGAGCGCCGAAUUCUAACUUCAUUCAGAGCUCGGUAAAUAUAGCUUAUGAUGCCAUCAACCAGAGGGUAGCGGCCACUCAAUAUGUGGAUGUUGACGGAUACCCACUAAUGGCAAAAAUUAUUAUGGAUUAUAAAAACGGUGUACAAUAUUCAAUUAACGGUACGACAUGCGUACGAACCACUCUUCCAGCGUUCCAAGAAAACUGCAUCCCAGAUGAUGCUCAGGAAACUCAAACCACCAUUGGUGCCGGUGGGAAGACAUUGUCCCUCAAGAGUUACAUAAUGGUAGUGGGAAACCUCACCGUCACCUCCUCGGUGACUGAAGCCGGAUGUAUACCUGUUUCAGAGAGCAUUGUGGGACACUCCCCGGGACAAUAUAUCCAUAUGACCACUGGUUACAGUGGUAUUGUCCCUGGAAUUUCAGAUCCUUCAGUUUUUACGCCACCCUUUAUGUGUAUGGCUGGUCCCAUUUAUCCUGCAGAGGUUUCUAUGAUGAAAAGAGUUUCAUUCCUUCAUCCUUUGUAAAAUAUUUGUUUAGCUUCUGUACAAUUUAUCAAUCAUUAAAUUUUAUAUUCUAACAAAA